UCGACCCUGAUCUGAGCCAUCACGAGUGCCACAAGAUUCUCCAAGUUCCAGCUUUGAAAUGAUAGCAUGCAGAGAUCUCAGACCAGAGAGCAAGUUCGUUUCCCAUUUUCAUUAUCUGUACAACAUAUCAAAAACACAAUUCACCGCCAGUCACGCACCCAGAGGCCGAGGAGGAAGCUCUCCCUGGAGAUCAGCUGCCUGGGGCAAGCCUAGAAGGCAAAGAUCGCCAAGCCUGGCCCCUGGAGUCUGGGGCAGGUGACACAGCCGGGGCUCCUGCGCUGGCCUGACAGUGUCAUCCCCGCCCACUGGCAGCGGAGCGCCCGGCAGGGCUGCACGCGAGCCAGCGCAGGGGGCCAUAAAAGCCGCCGCGGCGCAGGACGCGGAGCUCGCCCACCGCCUGCGCGCCAGCUGCGACCUCGCCAUGCAUGUGAACGGCAAAGUGGCGCUCGUGACCGGCGCCGCGCAGGGCAUAGGCAGAGCCUUCGCGGAGGCGCUGCUGCACAAGGGCGCCAAGGUAGCCCUGGUGGACUGGAAUCUUGAAGCAGGUGUAAAGUGUAAAGCUGCCCUGGAUGAGGAGUUUGAACCUCAGAAGACUCUGUUCAUCCAGUGUGAUGUGGCUGACCAGGAGCAACUGAGAGAUACUUUUAGAAAAGUUGUAGACUACUUUGGAAGAUUGGACAUCUUGGUCAAUAAUGCUGGAGUGAAUAAUGAGAAAAACUGGGAAAAAACCCUGCAAAUAAAUUUGGUUUCUGUUAUCAGUGGAACCUAUCUUGGUUUGGAUUACAUGAGUAAACAACAUGGAGGUGAAGGUGGAGUCAUUAUUAAUAUGUCAUCCUUAGCAGGAUUGAUGCCUGUUGCACAACAGCCUGUUUAUUGCGCUUCAAAGCACGGCAUAAUUGGAUUCACACGUUCAGCAGCGAUGGCUGCUAAGCUCAUGAACAGUGGAGUGAGGAUGAAUGCCAUUUGUCCGGGCUUUGUCAACACCUCCAUUCUUCAGUCCAUUGAGAAAGAAGAAAACAUGGGGCCGUACAUAGAAUACACAGGUCACAUCAAGGAUAUGAUGAAGUGCUAUGGGAUUCUGGACCCAGAAAUGAUUGCCAACGGGUUAAUAACACUCAUUGAAGAUGAUGAUUUGAAUGGUGCUAUCAUGAAGAUCACAACUUCUAAAGGAAUUCAUUUCCAAGACUAUGAUACAGCUCCAUCUUAUGCCAAAGAUUAAUGAACAUCUUAUUUACCAGAACUCACUGAAAACAAAUACACAUGACAUAUUCAAAUCAUAUUUUUAAAUACAGCUUUUUAAAUGAAAUGUUACAGCCUAAAGCUUUCCUUCAUACAACUGAUGUUAUUCUUUUGUAAGUGAUUAGAUAAAUCUAUGGAUAAAAAUUUAGGAUAAACUAUCAAAAGUAUAAACAAAGCAAUAUUAUUGUAAUGUGUAUGAACUAAUCAGUGAUUAAAACAAGACAUUUACAGAAUAUUCCAGCUUUCAUAAAGUAUAUUUAAAUCUGUGAUUCAUGAAUAUUAACGUCUUUUAGAAAUCAUUUUAAAGAAAAUACUUGAAUUAUAAUUUAAAUCAAAGCAAUGUAAAAAAGAACUUUGUUUCUACCUUUGCACUUCAAAAGAGGGAAGCUACUGAACAUUUACAAAUGUUUAGGAGUAAUAAUCUUUACUUUUAUGUAAUCUUUAAGCUGAACUCUGUAAAGAUGUAACAUAGUUUAGGGUUAGAAAUUAAGAAAUAGGGGCUGGGGAUUUAGCUCAGCGGCGUAAGCACCUGCCUUGCAAGCAGGCAGUCGUGAGUUCGAUCCCUGGUACCGAUAAAAAAAGGAAAAAGACAAAAAAAAAAAAAAAAAAAAAAAAGAAAUUAAGAAAUAAAUUACAGUGUGACAAUAUCCCAAGUGAAAAAUCUGAUGCAUGGAAAAUGACAGAUAGUAACUGACUGAGAUUGUUAAUUCCAAGUCCAGUCUCAAAUCAUGGAAGAACAUUUUUUUCUAUUUGUUUUUUAUUUUAAGAAUUUUAUCUCCAAAAAUCUCAGGAAUGAAGCUUUUAACAGUUAUAGAAGAAAAAAAGAGGAUUGUUAGUCCUCCUAACAUUUUAUAUGUAAUAUAUGACAAAGAAAAAGUACAAAUGUAAUAGUUUUCUUUGGUUGACAGUAUUUUUGUUUUAUGAGUGUAUAUUAGUUAUGCAGAAUAUGUGCUUUGUUUUAUCAUAUUUGUACAUGCAUAUUACGCACUUUGAUUAUUUUCACCCCCAUUACCCGCCUUUCCCUCUCCCUCUCCCCAGUCUGUUAACUCUUCUCCUGUCUGCUUCCUAUUUUCUCUCAUCUCUCUCUCUUUCUUUUUAAGAUAUGAGAGAAAGAUAUAUGAUAUUUGACUUUUUGAGUCUGGUUUAUUUUGCUGAACAUGGUUUUAUUUUCAGAUAUUUUCUAUGUUGAUUUGUACUGAUUUCAAAAAUACUAUAUUUCAAUAAAACCCUUUUAUUCUAAUCUCCAUAA